CAGUCGCUGGACGAGGCCGAGCUGAAGAAGCUCUACAAGCGGCGCGCCCUCGAGCUGCACCCGGACAAGAGCGACCACCCCGACGCCGCGGGCCGCUUCCGGCGGCUGCAGGAGGCCUAUGAGGCGUUGAAGGAGCCGUCGACGCGGAGCUUCUUCGCGCGCUUCGCGCGCUACGGCGGCGACGUCUGGCGCGACGUCAAGACCUAC